GACAAUACAAAUACACUUUAGUUUGAAGGUUUCCAUAAAAUAAACUGGGACACGCUCCCUUUAGCCGGUGGCACGGUCACCAUGACAACAACAAACACUUCUUGCUACCUUCGGAGGCUGUUGCUAGCUAAGUUUUACUCAGACGUAUCUUUGGAUAAAAUUCACUCUCAAACUUAUAUGACUGUUUAAUUGUGCGCACAUCCAUGUCAAAGCAUAAGACAUCUGGACACAAAGGUUCAUGCGACCAUGGCAAAAGUGAGGAGAGUGUUGUUUCAGGGAGGGAAGAAGUUGUGUGCGUUACAAAUGUGGCCUGCUCAACACCAUACAAGAUGUCCUACGCCAGAGACCCAACUGGGUUGAAGUCAAAGAGUGAGUAGAUGGGUAUUCCACAAAAUGCUGCGCAGAGUGUGUUUACUACAUAUUUUGUCCUUUUGACAGUGAUGGAGAGUGGGACUUCAACUGGUGUGAUGUAGGUUGGCUCAGGGAGAAUUUUGAUCAUACAUACAUGGAGGAACAUGUGAGGAUAAACCACUUUCGCAAUCAUUACGAGCUAACCCGCAAAAACCUCAUGGUGAAAAACCUCAAAAGAUACCAGAAAAAUCUGGAAAGGGAUUCUGGCCGCGUAGAGGGGGCCAGAUGUGAUUUCUUCCCCUGCACUUUUGCACUGCCCAGCGAAUAUCACCUGUUUGUAGAGGAGUUCAACAGAAGCCCUGGGAGCACCUGGAUUAUGAAGCCGGUGGCAAAAUCUCAAGGCAGAGGCAUUUUCUUGUUCAGGAAAUUGAAAGACAUCAUGGAUUGGAAGAAGGAUGGCACCCGCUCCGAGGAACAAAAGGAUGCAGCUCAAGUGGAAAAUUAUGUGGCACAACGCUACAUAGAGAACCCCUACCUAAUUAAUGGCAGAAAAUUUGACCUGAGAGUCUACGUGCUGGUCACAUCAUAUGUUCCCCUAAAGGCCUGGCUGUAUCGAGAUGGCUUUGCCCGCUUUUCAAGCACUCGCUUUUCCCUUAGCAGCAUUGACGACAAGUAUAUGCACCUCACCAAUGUGUCUGUUCAAAAAACAGCCCCUGACUACGAUCCUGAAAAGGGUUGUAAAUGGCAGAUGCAACAGCUGCGUAGAUACCUGACUGCAAAACACGGCCGAGAGAUGGUAGAAACCUUGUUCAAAGAGAUGGACAACAUCUUUGUCCGCAGUCUGCAGAGCGUGCAAAAGGUCAUUAUAAAUGACAAGCACUGCUUUGAGCUCUACGGUUACGACAUAUUACUUGAUCAGAACCUCAAGCCGUGGUUAAUUGAGGUGAAUGCCUCACCGUCACACACACCCAGCAGCCAAGAAGAUUACGAGAUGAAGUGCAGACUGCUGGAAGACACUCUGAAUGUUGUCGAUAUGGAGGGAAGACUGACUGGCAAGGAGAAAAGGGUGGGAGGAUAUGAUCUCAUGUGGAACGAUGGGCCUGUCUAUAGAGAGGAUUUCAACCUACAAACAUUUGAUAAUUUAGGUUUCACUGCCAACACACACCUAGGGUGUGUGAAUGACAGAGAGAAGCAGCUUCGGCAACUUCUAAAACCACUUCUGUGCCAGAGGAAGAUGUAAUCACUGUCAGAAUUAAUCAUCAUGGUGGAAGUAAACAGGCUCCAGUGAACACAGUGUGACUGAUAAAACAUUUAACAACAGUAUCGGUAAUCGUUUCAUGCGAAAUUAGAUGUUUGUGAAAAGUCUGAAUAUGCAAAUGAAUGAAGUUCUCGUUCUUCAGUGCUUUCGAAUUCAGUAAUUGUCAUGAUUUAAUGACUAUGUCUUUAAGAUAAGAUCCCACACUGGGGGAUUUAUAGCGGUGCGGAACAAAGAAGGAAGUAGUACAUAGUAUACGGAAGUAGGAAGAAAAAAGUAGCACAAGUGUAGUAAAUACUUCAGUUCAUGUAGUAAAUGGUUGUAUUUGGGGAAGUCCCAAUCACGUUUUUGUUCCCGAUCCUCCGUUGGUGAUUGAUAAAAGUUUUAAUUAUC